AUGGAUGAGUUUGUUCUGAGACGACACGAGAAUCAGUGCGUAAAACGGGACCCAAUAUUGACAUCAAAAGGGUUUCUGAACGAAGAGUACCAGAAGAAGCCCACAAAGAGUGCCAAAGAGGUGAACCUCACCGCUGAGGACCUGUUGGCCCAUAAGCUGAGGGGUCUGUUCGCCGAGAAACUGGAGCCCAACCCCUGGACUAAAGACGCGGUCGAAGUGCUGGAGAAAGAGCUGAGCGAAGCCUAUGGGAAGCCGUGGAAGGAUGACCGGGACUACACUCUCCUCACCUUUUCUGGCUAUUAUACCAAAGACAGGGAUCAGUUGCUGGCCAUCAACUACUGGACAACCUUUUCAUUCCUGAUGGAUGACCUACUCAUCAAUGAGAAGGAUAGAAAUGUGACCAGCAAAUGGUCGGAUAAAUAUAAGAGUGGAAAGACUACUGAUAGCACUGCUAUGGAUAAAAUGAUGACCAAAGCCAUGGAGUACAUGAAAAAGACUUUGAGUGCCGCGCAGUACGACCGACACGUGCAGCACGUGGUCGACUGGAUUGACUCGUAUGUCGAGAUCAAUAACUAUGACUUCGACGACAAAGUCAUGUCUUACGAACAGUUCUUUGAUCUCAGGGAGAAGGAGUCAGCACAUGGUGUGCUAGCUAUCUGUGCUGAGAUGAGCUGCGCCUACGACCCCACUGUCCAUAAAAUGGUGGACAACAAGAUCUAUAAGGCCUAUGUGGCAGCCCUCGGCAGACACACGGUGUUAGUGAACGAGAUCUACGGCCUGAAAAAGCGGCUCCGGGACGGACGACUCAAAUACAGUUAUCUGUAUCUAAUUAUGGCUCACGAGGGCUGCUCGGCCCAGACGGCUAUGGAUCGCAUGGUGUAUGAGAUACACGACGCCUGGACUAUAGCCAUGAAUUAUGCCGAACAGAUCAGACUCAUGAAGGAUAAGGCGAUCUACGAGUAUGUACUGGAAAUGGUGUGCCUCACCAAAGGUAACCUGUACUGGGCCUUCAAAACCCGUCGAUAUAUUGUGUAG